CGCCAUCCCUCCCCCGACACACAAUGAGGAAACGAAAGAAAAACAAUCUUUCAUAAUGGCUUCCAAAGUUGCAGAUAGUUGAGUAACCACAUCACAUCUAUACCACUCACGAAUGAAAUAAAAUGUAGCCCAGUAAUUUCACCUCAUCAUGUCUAUUGAACAAUACGUUCUGGGAAAUGUCAUUGGUAAAGGCAGCUAUGGCGAGGUCACAUUGGCAAGGCAUAAAAAGGAUAAAAGACAGUAUGUCAUCAAAAAGAUUGACCUCCAUAAUGCUUCACCAAAAGAACGACUUUUUGCCCAACAAGAGGUUGAAAUUUUAUCGAAGCUUAGACAUCCAAAUAUUGUUUCUUAUAAAGAGUCAUUCCAAACAUCUGAUGGGGGUUUAUCAAUUGUAAUGGGCUAUUGUGAAAGCGGAGAUAUGUACACUAAAUUAAAAAAACAAGCAAAAAUUGGAGAAUAUUUGGAAGAAACACAAAUCGUUGAAUGGUUUGUCCAGAUUGCAAUGGCACUUCAGUAUAUGCACGAUCGACAUAUUUUGCAUCGAGAUUUAAAGACACAAAACAUAUUCCUCACAAAAAGUAAAAUUAUAAAGCUUGGCGAUUUAGGCAUUGCUCGUGUCUUAGACAGCAAUUUAGACAUGGCAACAACAAUGAUAGGUACACCAUAUUACAUGUCACCUGAACUCUUCUCUAACAAACCAUACAAUCACAAAUCAGAUGUGUGGGCGCUUGGUUGUUGCAUUUAUGAAAUGGCUACUUUAAAACAUGCAUUCAAUGCAAAGGAUAUGAAUUCCUUGGUGUAUAAGAUCUUAAAAGGAAAGACACCUGCAAUGCCAAAACAUUAUACAGCAGAACUGCAAGAAAUUAUAAAAUCUAUGUUGAACUACAGUCCUAACCUUCGACCCAGUGCAUCACGUAUCUUACGUCAUCCAUUUAUCAAAAAACAUAUAGCAAUAUUUCUUGAGGGAACCAAAAACAGAAGAAAAAGCCGUGAUGAGAAGCCACGCAAAGCAACACCCAAAGUAUCAAAGAACUCUAGAUAUAGUGAAUCGUCUGUGGGAUCCAACAGCAAUGCUGAAGUGAUUGCAACGGCUUCCAAAGUUGAAUUAGAUAUACUUGAUGUUAAUGACAACCCAGACGAAUGCAUACAAAAUAAAAAAGUACCUGAUAUUUUGCCUGACAGAAAGGAAAGAGAAGCACAAAAAGACAGUUCUUUAGAACAUAAAAAAACUGAUAAGUUGAAAGUUAAACAUGGUAACGACGCAGGACCUGAUUUGGGAUCAUGCUCUGAUCCCUCAGAUAGUGAUAAGUACAAAGAUUUACCUGGGAAUGAAAAGUCUUCACAUGUGAGAAAAGUAUUAAGUGAGAAAGUACAAGCAAAAACUAGACUAAAAAAAGAGGAAAUAUUGUCAAAGAAGAAUGAAAAAAAUCAUAGAGAACUUCAAAUUAGAAAAAAAUCAGAAGAAAAAUUACCUCAGACUCCAUCUGAAGAACGAGUUUCACGUAAAACUUCAGAUGGGAAAUCGCCACGUAGACGUAGACAGGAGCUUUCGAAACGACCUCUUCCAGUGUGUCCAGUCCCAAAUGAAAAUAAUACACCAAAACUACCUCCACCAAGGUUUAAAAGUGACAUAGAAGAAAAACCCAGUAAUCAGGAAGCUGCUAGAGACCAGUGCAAAACACCCAAGGUUUCGUCCGGCGUACCAAAUUUAGCAGCGAGGAGAAAGCGCCGCCAACGACAACAGGAACUAGAAUCGCAAAUGAGUCAACCAGCGUUGCAAAAACGUGGCUCUGAAAGCAGUCUUUCUGGUCUAAGCUACCCUUCCUACACACCUCGGUCGCAUGAAGAGAUAAUUAAAGAGCAUUUGCAAAGAAGAUCUACCGUUGACGAACCUGACAGUGUGGAUGGACCACAAAGGAGUAACUCACUGCAAUCGAUUGACGCUGAAAGCGGAUCCGAAAACGACGACACAGAAACGUCACAAGAAAAGUGUAAUAACGACGUCUCUAACUUGAUCGUUACUUUGCAAGCUACUCUCAAAAUGGAUUCAAAGUCGAAACAUCGAAGUUCUCCUGAGGAUAGCGUGGAUGCUGACGAUGCAGGUAACGAUUUUUCGCCUUCGGCGUCUGGAAGAUUAAAAGAUCGAAUAAAACGACUGAGAAGUGAAUGCAUUUCUGGUCUCGGAGAAGCCAUCUUACAUGAAGCAUAUAGAAUUAUUGAUACCCAAACGGAGGAGAGUGUCGAGCCUGCAUUAGUUAAGUUGAUGGGGAAACAGAAGUUUGAAGAUUACGGUGGCCAGAUAUGGCAGUUAAAGUUUUGCGAAGAAUUUAAAUUAUGAUCUCAUGUGAUGACGCAUAAAUAUGUGUCUGUGUGUUAGCGGCAGUUGUGCUUAGUUACGUCACAACAGAAACGUUGUCAUGGAAACUCACCCAUUAUAUCUAUGAAGAAAUCAUAAUAUAAGGAAUCUGAUAAUAAUUUGUGACGAUGCAAAAACUUUUACGAGUGUAUUUAUUUUUAUAAGAAAUUAUGAACAUUUUAUUUUUCUGAUAAAUAAUAAUUAAUUUUGUAAAUAUGUGCAUAGAAUAAAUUUUGGCUUAAAAACAAAAA